AUGGGGUGCUGGGGUCGGAACCGGGCCCGGCUGCUGUGCAUGCUGUCGCUGACCUUCAUGUUCAUGGUCCUGGAGAUGGUGGUGAGCCGGCUGACCUCGUCGCUGGCGAUGCUCUCGGACUCGUUCCACAUGCUGUCCGACGUGCUGGCCCUCAUCGUGGCCUUGGUGGCGGAGCGCUUCGCCCGGCGGACCCAGUCCACCCAGAAGAACACGUUCGGCUGGAUCCGGGCCGAGGUGAUGGGCGCCCUGGUGAACGCCAUCUUCCUGACCGGCCUCUGCUUCGUCAUCUUGCUGGAGGCCAUCGAGCGCUUCAUCGAGCCCCACGAGAUAAAGCAACCGCUGGUGGUCCUCGGGGUCGGUGUGGCGGGACUCGUGGUCAACCUGCUCGGACUCUGCCUCUUCCACCACAACGGCUUUGGGCAAGGGGGUGAGUCCGGCGGGGGCCAUGGCCACUCCCACGGGGGCCACGUCCAUGGCCACAGUCACGGCAAGGGGGUCCGGGGCAAGAGCAACCGCAGCGGGGGCAACAACAGCAACCUGACUGAGAGCGAGCGGGCCACCGACGGGGAGGAGACCAACAACUUGGUCAUCAGUAGCAGCAAAUCGAACGGGAUGAAGCUGGAACGAGAAGACCCUGCAAUGGAUGUGCAAGUUAAUGGGACCCUUAUUGUUGAUGAUUCAGACAAUUUAGAUUCGGAAGAUGAAGAUAAUAGGGGACAACUUAACAUGCGUGGAGUUUUUCUGCAUGUCUUUGGAGAUGCCUUGGGUUCGGUAAUUGUAGUGAUAAACGCCUUGGUCUUUUUCUUUUCCUGGAAAUCUUGUCCUGAAGGAGUGCUCUGUAAGAACCCAUGUGUCCCUGACCCCUGCGAGGCAUUUGUAGGUAUAAUUAAUAGUACUGAUCCAGUAGGUGAGGUUGGUCCUUGCUGGGUGCUAUAUUUAGAUCCGACUCUUUGUCUUGUAAUGGUUGGAAUACUUUUUUAUACUACUUAUCCAUUACUUAAGGAAUCUGCCCUUAUCCUUCUGCAAACUGUACCUAAACAAGUAAAUAUCAGAAAUUUGAAAAUGGAACUUCGAAGUGUUGAUGGAGUCGAAGAAGUUCAUGAAUUGCAUGUUUGGCAGCUUGCUGGAAGUAGAAUCAUUGCCACUGCUCAUAUAAAAUGUCGGGACCCUGCAUCUUACAUGGUGGUGGCUAAAAGCAUUAAAGACGUUUUUCACAAUCACGGAAUCCACGCCACUACUAUUCAACCUGAAUUUGCUAGUGUAGGCUCUAAAUCAGGUGUUACCCCAUGUGAGCUUGCCUGUAGAACUCAAUGUGCAUUGAAGCAAUGUUGUGGGACAGCACAAAAAAACAAGGAAACAGAAAAGGCCCCAGUUAGCAUUUCUUGUUUAGAACUUAGUGACAAUUUAGAGAAGCAGCCCAGGAGGACUAAAAUUGAAAGUAUACCUGCUGUUAUGAUAGAUAUAAAGAAGAUGCCAAACAAGCCACCUGAAUCAUCUAUGUAAGUUUUCAAAACAUGUGAUGUUCAACUUGUUUUCAUCUACAAGAGGAAGAGACUCUCCAUUGAAAUCCUAAGUUUGCCAAGUAGUAUAAUUGCUGAAGUCCUUGUUUUGGUCACACUGUUUAAUUCUAUUUUUGUAAGAACAUAAUGGAAUUGCAUAACACAAAGUUUUAUAUAUAUUACAACUUUGUGAUUAUCAGUGCACAGUACAGCUAUGCUGUAACAAUUUUGGAAAGCCAGUUUUAACACUAUGUUACAUUUUUUUUGGUUAAAAGUAAGUAUAAACCUUGUAUAACAUAAUGAUACUUUUGAUUUCAGUUUUCCCAUAGCAAAACUUAAUUGGGGAUAAAUAAAUUAAAAUUAAUUUGUUACUAGAAUUUCUCUGUUUUGUCUUUCCCCUCAUCCAAUGUUUUACUUUUAUUUGAGAAUUUUUGAUGAAACUUGAAAUAGUAAUUUUUUUUGUUUCUUUAGACAUUUUAGAUUACAUUUUCCUUCCCCAUUU